AGUGUACCAGCAAUAAUAGUCCCCCGUCCAACACCUACCAACACUGAGUAAGAGCUGAAUUCAACAAGAAUAAUUUCACAUUCGCCAUAAUACGUAAACCGAGGCCGUUUAUUAACAUACCAGAAUUUUUAUUUUGGAUCUGGAUGUCUAACGUACUUUGCGAAACCGGAUAAAUUGUACCCGGAGUUAUUUUAAUGCGACGCAGCAGAUUAACGACUGCAGUCUAGUAGAGGUUCCUUCAGAUUGUUUACGUUUAGGAACGGGUGUCUCCUGCUUUCGAACAACCUGACAUCGUUACAGCAUUAGACGCCACCUCACCCUAAUGCUAAACAGAAUUAAAUCAAUUUAAAAUGUGUGUUUUAUAGUCGGUAUCAAAGCAGCCGACUAGCCCAGCUAGCUAGGUGUCGUUUUUCCACCUUCACGGGUAUUUCCUAGCUUCAGAGAUGCUAAGUUAGAGCUCUCUUUCUCUUCUUUUUUAUUUUAUUUAAUCCGGACUCUCCUCAUACUUGGAUGUUAUGGACUGCCAAAUGAAAGAGAGUGUAUAGCGAAAGGUGUGCCUGAAGGCCAGACAAAAUCUGCUUAUCUUCUUAACUUCACAGGGUACACAAUGUUUAGUGUCCCUCAAAGCUCCAAGUCAGAGUUUCUGGACAAGGCCAGGCAGGCCAGAGAGGAAAGAAAGGGAUACAAAGAGAAGGAAAAAGCAGCAACCCAGAUCCAAGCUCUGGUGAGAAGAUUCCUCUGUCGCUGCAGGCUGCAGAAAGAGAUCAGGAAAGAAGUUGAUGAUUAUUUCCAAGCUUCUGAAGCAGGAACAACAAAAAGAAAUGCUCUUUCAAUUUUUAAAAUUGCACGAAAAUUAUUAUUCAUAUACCGCCUUGAGGACAAGAUGAGAUUUGAGAAGCUAUGUCGAGCUAUUCUGGCCAGUAUGGAGGUGGAAAAUGAGCCUAAAGUCUGGUAUGUUUCCUUGGCUCUCUCCAAAGACCUCACUAUUCCCUGGCUGAAACAGAUCAAAGAUGUGUUGUGGAUUUGCUGCCAGCUAUUGAAAAAACUAAAGCCUGACAUACUCCAAGACAACAAGCUGAUUACGCUGUACCUCACCAUGCUAGUGACCUUCACAGACACGUCGACAUGGCAGAUAGUCCGGGGAAAGGGUGAAGCUCUGAGGCCUGCUUUGACAAGGAUUUGUGAGAACAUCAUGGGGCAUCUGAAUCAGAAGGGAUUCUACUCAAUACUGCAGAUCCUGUUGACCAACGGCUUGGCCCGGUCUAGACCAUCCCUCUCUAAAGGCACUCUGACUGCUAUUUUCUCUUUGUCUUUGAGGCCAGUCGUCGCUGCUCAUUUUUCAGACAACCUGCUCCGUUCCUUCCUCCUCCACAUCAUGUCCGUUCCAGCUGUUGUGUCCCACCUUAGUGUCUUGACUCCAGAGUGCAUGACGUUAAUCCAGACCCAUGACCUCCUGCGGAAGUUCGUUUUGUUCCUAAGUCGGGAAGAACAGUGUCUGGACAUCUGCGUGUGUCUGGAAGGCAGCCACACGCUCUGCUUACUUGGAAACCUGAUCCACUUGGGUUACCUUAACGAGAAAGUCUUAGAAGAAGAGGCCAACCAUUUCGUCAAGGACCUGACCGACAUGUUGUCGUACUGCCAAAGAUACGUUUCGCAAAAGAAGUCCAACUUGACGCAUUGGCACCCUGUCCUGGGCUGGUUCUCUCAAACGGUGGACUACGGUCUCAAUGAAUCAAUGCCUCUGGUCACUAAACAGCUUCAGCAUCUGUGGGGCGUAUCUGUCAUUCGAACUCUCUUCAGCGACGUCCUCUCCAAGAAGCUGGAGAGUCAGGAGUCCACCCCGCCGCCGCCGCAGCCGAGCACAUCUCAAAACAAUCUACCCGUUAAAAAUCUUUUUAAGAGAGCGUUUCAGAAGUCUGCUUCUGUGAGGAACAUCCUGAAACCCGUUGGAGGAAAGCGAGUGGACUCUGCUGAAGUCCAGAAAGUAUGCAGCAUCUGUGUGCUCUACCAGACUACUCUGUCCACGCUGACCCAAAUACGCCUGCAGAUACUCACCGGUCUCACACAUCUCGAUGACCUUUUACCCAAACUCUGGGCUUUCAUCUGUGAGCUGGGUCCUCAGGGGGGGCUCAAACUGUUCAUGGAGUGUCUCAACAAUGAUACCGAGGAGUCCAAACAGCUCCUCGCUAUGCUAAUGCUGUUCUGUGACUGCUCCCGUCAUCUUAUCACAAUUUUGGAUGACAUUGAAGUCUAUGAGGAGCAAACAUCCUUCAAGAUAGAGGAACUCGUCACCAUCUCCUUUUUUCUGAACACAUUUGUGUACAAAAUGAUUUGGGAUGGUAUUUUAGAAAAUGCAAAGGGAGAAAAACUGGAGCUUUUUCAUAGCGUUCAUGGUUGGCUGAUGGUGCUCUAUGAACGGGACUGCAGGCGCAGGUUCACCCCUGAUGACCACUGGCUUCGCAAGGAUCUGAAGCCGAGCUUAUUGUUUCAAGAGCUGGAAAAAGGGAAAAAAAGAGCCCAGCUUCUCCUGCAGUACAUCCCACAUGUUAUACCGCAUAAAAAUAGAGUGCUGCUGUUCAGAAACAUCGUCACAAAGGAAAAAGAAAGUUUAGGGUUGGUAGAAACCAGCUCAGCUUCUCCACAUGUCACCCAUAUCACUAUUCGCCGCUCACGGAUGCUGGAGGAUGGAUACGACCAGCUCCGCCGGUUACCGGUGAAUUCCAUAAAGGGAGUUAUUCGUGUGAAGUUUGUCAAUGACCUUGGAGUGGACGAGGCUGGAAUCGAUCAGGAUGGAGUCUUCAAAGAGUUUCUAGAGGAGAUCAUUAAAAAAGUUUUUAAUCCUGCCCUCAAUCUCUUCAAGACUACAAGUGGAAAUGAAAGGUUGUACCCGUCACCCACAUCCUACAUCCACGAGAACCACUUGCAGCUCUUUGAGUUUGUUGGGAAAAUGCUUGGUAAAGCUGUUUAUGAGGGCAUUGUUGUGGAUGUUCCCUUUGCAUCGUUCUUCCUCAGUCAAGUCCUGGGCCACCACCAUAGUACCUUCUACAGCUCCAUAGAUGAGCUUCCCUCUCUGGAUUCUGAAUUUUACAAAAACCUUACUUCCAUUAAGCGCUACGAUGGUGAUGUCGGAGAUCUAGGACUGACUUUGUCCUAUGAUGAGGAUGUUAUGGGACAGCUUGUCUGUCACGAGCUCAUACCUGGAGGAAAAACUAUGCCAGUCACCAAUGAGAACAAGAUCAGCUACAUCCACCUGAUGGCUCACUUCCGGAUGCACACACAGAUUAAGGAGCAAACAGCCGCUUUUAUCCGGGGCUUCCGCAGCAUCAUUAACCCAGAAUGGCUGCACAUGUUUUCCACGCCUGAGGUGCAGCGGCUCAUCUCAGGGGAUAACGCUGAGAUUGAUCUCGAUGACCUCAAAAAGCACACAGUCUACUAUGGAGGUUUCCACAGCAGCCACCGUGUCAUCAUCUGGCUGUGGGACAUCCUGUCCAGUGACUUUAAUGCUGAAGAGAGGGCCAUGUUCCUUAAAUUUGUUACCAGCUGCUCAAGGCCACCUCUUCUAGGGUUUGCUUACCUCAAACCACCCUUCUCCAUCCGCUGCGUGGAAGUUUCAGAUGAUCAGGACACAGGGGAUACCCUCGGCAGUGUCCUUAGGGGCUUCUUCACGAUCCGGAAGAAGGAGCCCGGUGGUCGACUUCCUACUUCGUCUACGUGUUUCAAUCUUCUCAAGCUGCCCAACUACAGCAAAAAGAGCAUCCUGCGUGACAAACUGCGCUACGCCAUCAGUAUGAAUACAGGCUUCGAGCUCUCCUAACUCUGCUUUGGGACAAUCUGCUCAGAGUGGAUGUGUUAAAAAAAAAAACGUGAGCAGGAGGCACAUUAAAAAGCCAUCGGUUAAAGGAAGAAGAUGGAGGAUGAAAGAUAUAAUCUCUUUUUGGCCUCAGUGCCACCCGGAUGAGCUCUGACGGAGUUAAACCUGCUCUGUGUCUCAAAGUGGAAGCUGGUCCUGCUAGGCAGUAACGUUUUUUUUUUUUUUUUAACGAAUGGGCAUUUCAUAUAUUUGACAUAGUAACACACAAUUAUACCACUAGUUUAAUCUCCAUUUCUCAGGCUUAACAGAAUAACUCUUUGAUCUGAGGCCACCACUUUAACACAACUGGAAAGCAAUACGGAUGCAAAGCAAGCCAUCAGAAACAAAGUCGACUGAUCAUUAUUGAUAUGUUGUCACGUCUGAUGAAUCCGGAAAAUGCAUUUUCAAAAAUGUUCAUUUCUUUUUGUGUGUAAGACAAAUCCGUGUCUUUAACCCCAGAGAAAAAAAAGAGCGUACUCAAAGCCUUGGCCUGGCAUUAAUAACCCUCUGGAGGAUCAUUUAAACUUGCUAAAAGGAAACUGAUUGACCCUUGAGAUCUGUUCUGUUCUGUGUAUGUCUGAGAGUCAAGCAUCGCCCUCAGUUCUACUCAGAGUAUAAUCAUUGCUGUUAUUUGAUAUAAAGAUGUCCUUGCUGUAGCAUCAGUUACCUUUAAGAAAAGAAAAAGAACUGAAAAUAAUUUGUCAAUGUUUUUACCUUCUGGGUAGAGCAGAUCUGUCCUAUGUACUACAUCUCUUCUUAACACUUACUUUUUAAAUCAUGAAGUAGAUCAGUCUUGUAUGUAUUUUAUACCAGAAAACCAUGUUUGCUCCACCUCAUAUUAAUGCUGAGUGCCUCAUGUCUAACCAUUACCACAUUCUAGUACGUGUAGUUUCCUUCAACUCUUAACGAACUACCACUUUUUGGAAGAAAAAGCCAUAGAUAUUUGGGCUGUGGUCCUGGACUUCUUCUCUAAAAGGAACAGAGUACAAACUGUAACAACCAUGGUGGUUUUACUGUCAAUCCCUCUGAACUCUGUGGACUUUUUUCUUUAAGCCAUCUCUCCCUCUGAAGACCUUUUAAAAUGAUGUCACAGACUGACUUGUCAACCAAAUACAAUGACUCGAUUGGAUGGCGUUCCCUUGAAAAUGUGGCACUGGUAUGAGUCUGAAUAUUCUUUCAAACAGGGUUUUACACCAGAAAGUCACGUAAUCAGAAAAAAACAACCCACUUUGACUCAACGAUUUUAAGAAACAUUUUAAAAUCUUCAGUUUCUUUAAUAUGCAAGAAUAGGUUUUCUGUUAUGAAUGACAAUUUGUUUCUAACUACUUGAACUAUGGCCUCUAACGUGUUUAAAAAGUGAAUGUGUGUAUAGGGCUGGUGGAAAUUUUACAUACACUACGUAUAAUUAUGAAUAACAUUCAUUUUGAACUUUUAAAAGCACAUCUGAAGGAGUCUGAUGUGAUCAUGUAGCACUCAACGAGUGAUUUUUAAAGAAAAUAUAAUUGGUUGCACAAGUUUAAUUUUUUUUUCUUUUGUGUAAAACUGUACAAACAGCAUUAAAUCCAUACAUAUAGGUCCCAGUA